UGCUUGGCGAGGCUGGGAGUCGGGCUUGAAGCUCCGGAGAGAGAAUUAACUGGAAAUUGGCCAGAGUGGGCGCGGCGCCUGCGACCCGCCUCCCCGAGCGGUAAAAGUCACCGCAGUGCCCCCGCGAGCCACCGGCUGGGACAGCUUCGCUGCCGCUGCACUCUUACUGGGACUCACCAUUCCAGACCAAAAUUGAAAAAAUGGUUGACCUCACUGAGCUAAUGGAAAAUGAAGUAUUCAUGGCCUAUGCUUCCUAUACAACGAUUAUUCUUUCAAAAAUGAUGUUUAUGAGUAUUGCAACUGCAUUCUAUAGAUUGACAAGAAAGGUUUUUGCCAACCCAGAAGACUGUCCUGGCUUUGGCAAAGGAGAAAAUGCCAAGAAGUAUCUUCGGACAGAUGACAGAGUGGAACGUGUACGGAGAGCUCACCUGAAUGACCUUGAAAAUAUUGUGCCAUUUCUUGGUAUUGGCCUUCUGUAUUCCUUGAGUGGUCCAGAUCUCUCUACGGCCAUCCUGCACUUCAGACUCUUUGUUGGAGCACGGAUCUACCACACGAUUGCGUAUUUGACACCCCUUCCCCAGCCAAAUCGGGCAUUGGCUUUCUUUGUUGGAUAUGGAGUUACUUUUUCAAUGGCUUACAGGUUGCUGAAAAGCCAAUUGUACUUGUAAAGAUAAUCAUACAACUCAUCCACUUAUUUUCUAAGAAUUCUGUACCUCCAAUUUAUAAUGAAUGCUUUUUUAGAUUCUAAGUGGGAGGGGAGCAGAGAAAUUAAGAUGGGGCAAACAGUCUGAAUGUUAACAUCACCAGUAUCAUUUAUUCUUGUUCUAUAUUUGUACUCGAAAUUUCACAUGCUUCUUAAAUCUUUUUAAUUCUUCCUUAAGUGCCUUGUUGUAUAUUCUGAUUAUAAUUUGUAACAUUCAUUCAACAUUUAAUAUUUGAAAUCUACAAAAAAGGUGAAUGCAUGUGUGAUAAACCUAUAUUGCAAUAUGGCUGAAUCAGACCUAUGAAAUAAAGAAUUUAAAGAAUA